AUGUCCUAUCCGCCGCCCAAUAACUACGGCCAGUACUCGCAGGGCCCUCCCCCCCAGGGCUACCCCGCCGCGUAUCCGCCCGCCUCCUAUCCAGCCCAUCCUGCCCAACCUCCAUACGGCGCUCCUCCUGGCGGAAGCCCAGCUCCCCCAGGCAGCGCCGGCGGAUAUCCUCCCCAUUCAUCUGCGCACCAGCAACCGCCGUUCCAGGGCUCCCCGUACCAGCAAUACCCCCCGCACCCACAGCAGCUCCAGCAGCCGCCCGCUCCCUACGGCCAACCCCCCUGGGGCUCCGGCCCCCCUCCAGGCCAAUACGGCACCCCUCCUCCUCCCCAGGGCUCGCACGGAUCGCACUCCCCGUACCCUCCUCAGUCUGGCGGGCAGUACCCCCCUCCCGGCCAAUACCCGCCCCAGGGCCAUUUCCCGCCGGGCGGUCCGCCACCAGGUGCAUACGGCGGCCCUCCACCAGGCCCUCCCGGUCCAUAUGGCGCAGCACCAGGCGGAUAUCCCCCUCCUGCAGCGCCAGUCCCCGCGCCGCCAUCGCUAGGCUACGACCCCGACCAGCGCGCCUCAGGCGACGCCUCAAAAGAAGCCGAUGCGCUCCGCAAAGCCAUGAAGGGCUGGGGAACCGACGAGGCCGCGUUGAUCGGUGUACUGGCAAAACCCGACCCGCUGCAGAUGGCGCUGAUCCGGAAUACGUAUAUGGAGCGGCACGGGCGCAACCUCGAGAAGGACUUGAAGAGUGAGCUUUCCGGGGACUUUGAGGUUGCGAUGGUCUCGCUUGCGGCGGGGCCGUUGGGGCAGGAUAUUAUGUAUCUGCGCGACGCGAUGAGCGGGAUUGGGACGGACGAGGUUGCGAUUAAUGAUGUGCUGAUUGGGCGGUCGAAUGCGGACCUGCGCGCGAUCAAGUACCAGUAUGUGAAUAAGUAUAAUAAGGCGCUGGUGGAGGAUAUCAAGAGUGACUUGUCCGGGAAAACGGAGAAGUUCUUCCUGAUGCUGUUGAAUGCGGUGCGCCCCGAGCGCGGGACGUACUUUGACCAGGCGGCUGUGGAGAAGGAUCUUCACGAGCUGCAUCUCGCGACGAAUGCGAAGACGGGCACUGAUGAGAUUGGCGUUGCGGCGGUGUUUCUGGCGGCGUCGGACCAGAGGCUUGUGGCGGUUGCGCAGGCGUUCGAGGCCAAGUACCACAUCUCGCUGGAGAAGACGAUCAAGAGUGAGUUUAGUGGGCAUCUGGAGAAGGCGUUGCUCGGUCUUCUUGCCAGGGCGAAGGAUCCGCUCAAGUUCGAUGUCGAGACGAUGCUGGCCAUAGUCCCUGUUGGUGGAGGGAAGCCGGAUAUCAAGAGGCUGAUAUACUGGGCUGUGAGGCUGCAUUGGAACCCGCCGUACCUGAAGCAGGUCAAGGAGGCCCUUUUGCAGCGGACAGGCAGUGACUUUGGCCGGAGGAUCAGGGCGUCGCUGGCCCCUGGCGAUCUGCAGAAUGUGAUUAUGAAGGUGUGGUCUUGA